AUCUUUCUGUUCCUAAUAGUUGGCAAUGCUUAUUAGGGUGCGACCGGCAUACUGGACGCACACCUUCACCCUGCGGCUGCCACUAUCGCCGGAGGUUCAGGGUGCACGCGUAGUCUCGAUAAAAUGCUGUUGAUUCGAAUCGAAAGGGAGAGUCUUGCUUUUCCCGUCCGUUAUCGAGGGGUGCAAAGUUUUCUCUCACUCUCUAGCUUCCUAUCUCUCUGAAAAUAAACAAGACCAGAGAGAAAGCUGGGGUGCGGUUGCGUUGCUGGUACAGAUGUCAACGCUUCAAUCUCGGAGAGCAAAGCAGCCUGGGUUGGAAAAACUACCCUUCGCUUGCCUGCUGUGCUGUGUCGGGCAUAAGGAAGGUCGCGACCGUAGUAGCAGUUACACAGCGUUGUGUGCCAUCGCUAUCCUACCAACCAGCCAGCUAGAGGCCGGUUUGAGAGUUACCGCGUUUGGUGUCCAUAGAGUAGUCACACUGCAACAGCAGGAACGUCGCCCGUUUUAGGAUCAGCUUAUUUUCCUGAUCACUGCCAUUGAUAUUGCUGGUGAUAGUUUUGUGAAUCUUAACCCAUACUCUAGAAAAUAGUGUAGACCAAGUUAUUAGCGGUCCGAAAACGCAGAGGCACCUUUUACAAUGCUCCAAUCUGACAGCGGUCUUUUCCGAUAAAAUUAGGGUGUGGAAGCUGGAAUUUUCUUCUGCCAAUCGAGACCCACCGCAUACGACGAAUACCAAAUUUCUUGAAUUUCAAGUAAAAAGCCAAACGAAAAAAACGUGAUAGAGUCGAGAACAAGCAGAAAAAAUAUACACAUAUUUACGAGAUUCAUUAUUUAAUCACUACCGGAGUCAACGAGUCGCCGCCACCGUUGCUGUAGUGCCGGAAAACCAAGGGGAGUGCGCCCAGUGAGUUGAACCCGCCAUGAAAAGAAGGGAGUGUGAUUUUGUGUAGAAGGUAGAAGGUCAACAUCGGAGUUGCCAACUGUUGGUGGUUAAAGCAAAAAUUCAACUCCAAGAUUGCGCGCGUUAUACAGUGAACACGGUAGUAGUCCCCACAGGACCAACUCUCGGAUUAAUUCAACUGCAGGAAAUAUUGUGCAGUAAUCGCCCGCGGAGAUAUAUUUUAUACCCUUUAACUGACUAUGCUUAUAUACUUGUACAUUUUACAUUCAUUGACAUAAGAUAGAAAAUAGAACUUCAAACUUUUAUUGAUCGGCGCUUCAAUUGAAAACACCGUAGAAACAGCAGUGAAAUAGCUUCUUGAAAAACCUUUGCAAAUUUACUCCUAUCGGAAAAAAGUAGAUAAAUAUUUAAACAAGCUUCGCUUUCAAUACACGACAUCUUGUUACACAAAAAAAAAACAAGAUAAAAACUUUCAAUAAUAUACAGUACAUACAUUCUGACGCGUAAACAAAUACACUCAAAUAAACUCGCAGCAAGGAUAAUAAUACCAGUGUGAGCGGACCGCGAAGAAGGAAAAAUAUUGAAUAACGAAAAAAAUGGGUGGUUGUGCAUCGAAGGAUAAAAAGGAAAAAGUGGUCGAAAAUGAAACAGCUGCCAACGGAACCGGUGACGGCGGGGAUGCCGCAAACAGUGGCGGCGGUGAAGGGUGUGUAUCUAACUCGAUGGUAUUUUUGUCGAGAAACAAAUCAGACAACAUGGUUGACGCAGCAGUUAUGCAAAAAUUGGAGGCUGGAUUCGCCAAGCUACAGGCUUCGGAUUCCAAGUCCCUGCUGAAGAAGUAUCUGACCAAGGAGGUCUUCGAUGCUCUGAAGAACAAAAAGACUUCCUUCGGUUCCACCCUGUUGGACUGCAUUCAAUCUGGAGUUGAGAACCUCGACUCCGGUGUCGGUAUCUACGCCCCGGACGCCGAAUCGUACUCCGUUUUCUCUGAUUUGUUCGACCCGAUCAUCGAGGACUACCACAAGGGCUUCAAGAAGACCGACAAGCACCCGGCCUGCGACUUCGGUGAUGUCAACUCGUUCAGCAAUGUCGAUCCGACCGGCGAGUUCGUCGUGUCGACCCGUGUCCGCUGCGGUCGUUCGAUGGAGGGCUACCCCUUCAACCCUUGCCUGACCGAGGCCCAGUACAAGGAAAUGGAAGCGAAGGUUUCCAGCACCCUGUCCGGACUGGAGGGUGAGCUGAAGGGCAAGUUCUACCCGUUGACUGGUAUGGAGAAGUCGGUUCAGCAGCAGCUGAUCGAUGAUCACUUCCUGUUCAAGGAAGGCGAUCGUUUCCUGCAGGCCGCCAACGCUUGCCGCUACUGGCCAUCUGGACGUGGUAUUUACCACAACGACAACAAGACCUUCCUGGUCUGGUGCAAUGAGGAGGAUCACCUUCGCAUCAUCUCCAUGCAGAUGGGUGGUGAUCUGGGACAGGUCUACCGUCGUCUGGUCAGCGCUGUCAAUGAAAUCGAGAAGCGUGUGCCGUUCUCCCACCACGACCGUCUCGGCUUCCUGACCUUCUGCCCAACCAAUCUUGGAACCACCAUCCGCGCUUCGGUCCACAUCAAGGUACCGAAAUUGGCCAAAGACUACGCAAAGCUGGAGUCGAUCGCUGACAAGUACAACCUGCAGGUCCGUGGUACCCGCGGUGAACACUCCGAAGCUGAGGGCGGCAUCUACGAUAUCUCCAACAAGCGCCGCAUGGGUCUGACCGAGUUCCAGGCCGUCAAGGAGAUGUACGAUGGCAUUUCUGAACUCAUCAAGAUUGAAAAGUCGCUGUAAAUCAAAAAACACACUCUACUAAUCCAACACUAACACAAGCAAGAGAAGAAAAAAAUGAUAAUUGGUAAAGACCGUUGAAUAAAAGCCAAAAAUACAUAAAAA